AAAUUUUGGCUUCCACAAGUAAUUGGAUCUUUCUGUAAACGACCAAAGCUUAUAACAUACUUGCGUGGUGUUCUUCGUGUAGCAAAUGUGGUAGCAUAUUCUAAAGAUUACAAAGUGAAAACAGGUG